AUGUAAAAGUAAAAUCAAAUAUUUUAAAUAAUUGAAAGUGUAUUAAAUAUUUAUUAGAAAGAAAUAAAAGAAAAUUAAACUAAUUACAGUAUUCAAAUUUAAAUCAAACUAAUUUUAGAUAGGAAAUAUGAAGGUAUUGUGAAAGUCAGCAGAACUCACAGACGAUAACUAUUAAUUUUAUAAGGAAAUUCAAGGAUCAGCAAAGGAAAAUUAGGAUGA